AGCGUGCUGGAGGCUGGACUGCAGAAUGAAAGUUGUUGAGAAGGAAAGAGGAGCAUACUGACCUGACUUUACUCUGAGCUGAUCGCAUCUGCUCUACACCACCGGCCAGUCUCAAGCGCCUGCUCUUUUAGACUCCUAACACCACGGAUCUGAACACAGCCCGAGCAGAGGAAAAGAUGAAGUAAAGCAGGACUGUACAUGGACAUGUACUGUAUACAGGUGGAGAGUGUGCAAGACCCUGCUCAUGGAUGAGGAUGAGGAUGAUGUGUUUGGGCCUGUGUCACAGUGCUGGCCUUCCUCAAACAGGGAGAUAAAGCAGGAGGACCACAGCACGCAGACCCCAGGGAGCCCCACGGCACGGCUGAAUGGCAUGCUGCCCUGCGGUGUGGCCGAGGAGCCCAGACGCCUCUUCUAUGGUAGUGCAGGAUUGCUAUUGCUGACGCCGUCUGCCCGUUCCAAUCGCGCCAUGUUUCCUGAGAAUCAGCCUCGCCGACGGCCUGCGCACAGCGUGGAGGCUCAGAUCGGCCAGAAACUCCAGAUGAUUGGCGACCAGUUCUAUCAAGAGCACAUGCUGCAACACCGAAACCAAAGGAACCAGUGGCCGUUUUGGUUGCGUUUGGCCUCAGCGCUGUACGCUCUCCUGUUCGAUGGCGAGCCAGCGGUUCACAGGAGGAGACAGGAGGAUCGCAGGUGAGAUGGCCACCGUGACAAGAUCCGCUGCCUCUGCUUAAUGGCACUGUUCGACUUUCGACACGGGUUUUUAGGGGGAGAAAACGAGAAGGAAGACGAUCUCUGCGGGACGGGGACCUCCUUUUUUCUCCUCAAGAAGAUGCCAUGGUGUUCACGAGAUUAUUUUCAUAUAAGACUUUGACGUUGAGGUAUUUUGUACAAUAUUGUCUGUCUUCGAAUUUUGCUUGCACUUCCGUAUGUGUACAUUUUGAACAACUUCCGUCCUGGGAAUGCCUUAUCUCCAGCCACUGCAGAAAGACUGUUGAAUACUGAAUGUGGACUGAAGAAGAGAAGGUGGUGGUUUGGAAGGUUUUUUUUUUUCUUCUUCUUCUCCCUAAAAUCAUCCAGGACACCAAUCAGCCUGACUAAUCUCCAAAGAGUUUUGCACCUCAGUAUGUCUGCUUCUGUAGUUCUGUCGUGUUUUUUUCCCCCGCAGCAAUUAGCAGGAAUAGGAAGUAGACAGGCCUCUACUACUUGAAUUUGGUGUGUCUCACUGAUGAGCUUGUCAAUAAUCAAUAAGCGAGAUCACCAAAUAGUUAGAUGCCUAGAGGCAACAAGUGUCAUCGUCUUGAUUUAAGCCAGAAGAACAAGAGUGCAGUGCCUAUUAUGAUACAAAUGUUUUUUUUUUUUUUUUUUUUGAACUCAAACCACCUUCCUCAAAUUUUUAGUGAAGGUUUCAGUAACCCUGAUUGCUUAUAUGCCUGUUUUUUUUUUUUUUCACUGUCAAAGGAAAUUCACUGUGGGUAUUAAUCUGAAAGUUUAACACCAAAAAAACCUCAGUACUGAUUCUCACCACAUGUGUUCAGGUUGAUUUAAAGAAAAAAAAACAUCACUGGUUUUCUACUGAACGUUUUAUGUACCACUGGUCCUCUUGGUUGGCUGUUGAACAUCAUUGUGGCCACUCGUUUUCUCAACCACAGAGCAAUACUGUGUCUGUGAUGUGACUGCAUUUCUCCUCUCAGGAUACUCGGGUGUUUUUGUCUUACAGAAUUUCAAGUUGUAUUUGUGCUUUUUAUACCUUCCAAAUGAAGUGUGUUUCAGUGGUGGAAAUGUUUUUUUUUUUAAAUAACCACUACUUUUGCCUAUUUUAGAUAAGGACGCUCUUCUGUAAAUUGUUAGUAAGACUGUAACUGCCUUGUUUUAAGACACUGAUGGAUUCUUAUUGCUGUUUUUUUUGCUUGUAGAGCUUUUUUAAUUUUAUUUUUUUAAAGGAGUGAUGUAUAUUUUGUGAGACUCGGUUUUCACAUUGUCCAACCUUAACAGAUUUUUCUUGUUACACACAUAAAUAUAGUAGAUACAUUUAUACCAGAAAGUGCAUGUUAUUGUUGGAUGUGAUAUGAAGGACCUAGGAUGGUUUCAUUUUAGAACAUUAAAAAAGCUCUAAGAUUGAAACUCUGAUAACCGGUUAGAGUCUGUGUUAAAAUCUAAUCUAGAAUUUGCCUUAUUGAUUUGCAUAUGUACUAAUUUCAUAAAAAUUAUUGGCUUAACUGUAUUAACUGUGGUCCUACGAUUACACAGGUACACAGGCAUGGUACAAAACAUCUCAAGUUCUCAUCACUGAACAGUGUUGCCAGCUGUGUGUGUGUGUGUGUGUGUGUGUGUGUGUGUGUGUGUUUUUGUGUGUGAGUGAGUGUGGGGCACAGGCUACUUUUCAAGCAUGGUGAAUGUCCAAAGAAAUGCUGACCGUUUGUUUCCUGCAGAUCGCGAACGCUGAGCCAGUGACUGUAGCCUCACAACUCAGUAGCUACCUUUCUCACAUCGCCUAGUCUCCAUCCAUAUACGUUCACUCCUUUAACCUUUUUGGUAUGCUGAUUUUCUUUCUUUAAUUUGUAAUUUAUAUAUUUUUGUCCUUUUUUAUUUAUUUCUUUGUAUAUUGAUCCAUUGCUACUGUAUAGGUUGUGUGCAAUUUCUUUUCUGUGUGUUUCUUGCCACUUUUGUUUUGGUCUUGGAUGUGUCUGUGUUUCAUCUUCUUCCUCACCCUGUGGAUUAAGGAGGUGAGAGGUUAGCCAUUUUUUGGAUCUUGUUUCAUGGUGAUAACUUCCUGAAUUACUUUUAACAUUACUUUAAGGUUAUGAAAAGUGAACCAUGGAUAAAUUAUGAUCAUUGUAGUCCUACAAGACUUUAUUAUUCAGAUUGGAGCGAUUAUGUUAUGAACUAUGAAGGGAGAUGGAUUUUUAGUCCAGUCAUUGUUCUGAAGAACUCUCUUGUCCUCAAAUCUUGGUUCCCUCUGAAGAACAUGAAUGGUAAUGACAACAAUGGGAAGGAAAUGUAACAUUACUGAAUCUAUUUAUCAGACUGAAGGAAUCCAACAGCAGUGAAGGAUUGUGAAGUUACCACUUCCAGAUAGGUGACAAAUUAAAGGUAAAGAAAAUAGAGGCUCUGUUAUGCUCUGGGGGGCAUUUUGCUGGCCACUUGUCCCCUUAGAGGGAAGGAUCACUGCUAUAUAUACACAGUAUAUAAAUACAAAUAAGGUGCAUUGAUGCUGUUCUGGUGGUUUGUGGUGGCCCAACACCUUUAAUUUUUCACCUGUCUACCUUAUAUUGCAGUAAAUAUCAUUGAAACCUAUAUUUUUAGAAUCCUUUGAAACAUUGCAUAUACAUAAACAUGAUUAUUAGACAGAAAAGUCCCUGAAGAAAUGCUUUGCCCAUAAUACAGCAGUGAAUGAAAGCUUGUGGUCAUCAUUCUCACUGACCUCAUUUCCAUGAUGCUCACUGUCUCCUACCAGGUUUCGUUCAACUUUUUUCACUAUAAUAUUACAUCUGUAAAUAUUUCUCAAAAACAGGGUAGGAAAGAUUGAUCAAGACACUGGGCCAUGUUAAUGAGUUAGCUCUCUAUCUUCACUGUAUCCACUAGUUUUAGAUUUAUAUGCACUGGAAAAUAUUUUGUAAUAUUUUUGUCCAAUCUUGUAGGAUUUUUUUUUUUUUUUUUUUUAAAUAAAUAUUCCAGUGUUCUACUAUGUAGCCUCUCCUGGCUUUCUCCAAAUAUACUUCAGGUGACAGGCACAAGUAACAACAUGUAUUUUUCCUUUUACUCAAAGGAUUGCAAGCACACCAUGGUGUCCAGUAUUAGUUUGAUGAAGUGGUUUGUACAGAGGAAGAACGAGGAGCUGAGGUCUCGCCACCAAUUUCAGCUGUUCAGAGACAUUCAAGGUUUAUGAGAACCUUGACCAGGCCUAUCUUUGACAGAAACCAACAGUAUCAUGAAAAGUAUUUUGGUCUCCAAAAUUUUGGUUUCCAAUUUCCAAAAUUAGGUGUACUGAUGUUUGAGGUAUUAUACUUGCUUAAACCACAGAAUAAAUAUUUUUAUCAAUUGGCAUUUGUAAUGGACUACACUGUGUUUUUUUAAUUGCCAGAAACCUGUUAUUAAAUCAGUUAUUGUAAAGUUUUACGAUUAUAGAGAUGUCUAAAAGCCUUUUAGUUCAAAAGUAAAAAAAAAAAAAAAAAAAAAAAAAA